GGUUUUCUACGUUACCGCUAUGUUUGAAUUACUUCCACUCGUGCAUGCCAUCGCCAGUCUGCGAAUCUGGUACGAUAUGCAUCAGUAGUGCAAAUGCUGGCUCUUGUUGCACUAACCCUUCACAAAAAAAUUGGCUCAUAUCUUGCUUAAGCCUUAAAAACCCACAAAUUGGAUUGGCAACUAUUUCAAGGUGUCCAUCUCCAACUGCGUUGAAUAUUCAAUGUCGAAAGCUGCGUGGUGUGAAUUGGUUGGUCAAUGUUGUCGUGCCAGAUUUGAAUAGCUUGUGUAACAGCGAUUUUGACUGCCACGGCAAAUCCACUAUGCCUUCUGUCUGCUGUCCUACAGGUUGUAACUACAACAUGUGUCUACACGUGGGCUUCAAACCAGUUCCUCUCAUUCGAAGAGAUGUCACAGGUGAUCACAGAAAUUUUGAAAGGAGAGGGAGUAAGGAGUAAAA